UUUAAUGUACAAUGAAAGUCCAGACUCUGCGUGUGUUUUCAGAGACAACACUCCCAGGCCAGGAACAAUGCUUUCUUUGGUACGAUUUAAUUUCUGGUGUGAGUGUUUUUAAAAGAAAAGGAUCUGGACGCUUGGUCUCCGCGCCAGUUUUCCCAGAGUUCCUGAGAGUUCAACAAAAACGCUGGAAGAUGGAGAAAAUGUACACAUCUGUGAGUCGCAGCGACGAUGCCAGUGCAAAGACGGGACACGGACCUCAGGGUAAGAAGUAUCGCUACAUCCGCAAAGAAGGAAACUGUAAUGUCGUGUUCCGCCACGUUCCUGAGGAAUGGCUGCUUUUCGUGGCCGACAUCUUCACCACCCUGGUGGAGAUCCGGUGGCGGGUGAUGUUCCUCAUCUUCGCGCUCUCAUACAUCCUCUCCUGGCUGUUCUUCGGCAUCCUCUAUUGGGUCAUCGCGCUCGCCAAUGGCGACAUCAGGGACGAGACAGACAAGCCCUGCAUGUACGAAGUGCGCAGCUUCACGGCGGCGUUCCUCUUCUCGCUGGAGACCCAGACCACCAUCGGCUACGGCUUCAGGGGAAUGUCGGAGAACUGCCUGAUUGCCAUCAUCGUGGUCACCAUACAGGACGUCAUCAGCUGCUUCAUCGACACCUUUGUCAUCGGCAUUGCCGUCGCCAAAAUGGCCUCGGCCCGGAAGAGAGCGCAGACAAUUGGAUUUAGCAACUGCGCCGUUAUCAACCUCCAUGACGAUUUCCUGUGUCUGUCCUGGAGAGUUGGCGACUUCCGGAGGAACCACCUGGUGGAGGGGACGGCCUUCGCUCAGAUAGUCCGCUCCACAGUCCACGCCACGGGGAGAGUGGAUGUGACCUAUGAAGACCUGGUCAUCCAGCAGAAGGACAUUACCUUGGUGACGCCGACCACCAUCUUCCACAGGAUGGAACUGGGCAGCCCGCUGUACCAGAUGAGUCGUGCAGACCUGGAAAAAGCCGACUUCGAACUGGUAGUGUCAUUCACCUACACGGACGAUUCCACGGGUAUGCUGCACCAGACCCGCACCUCGUACACCCCUGCAGAAAUUCUCUGGGGUCAGGUCUUCCAGGAGAUGAUCCGUGUCAGCAGGAGGAGCUACCGAGUCGAUUACAACCUUUUUAAUCACACCGCCAAGGUGCUGGUGCCCCAGGUCAGCCCCGAGGAUUACGAAGUCAAGAAGCAGCUGCGACCGUCUCCUCGGUACUCCCCUCGCCAUUCCCCGCGACAUUCGCCACGACACUCGCCCAGAUCCUCCCCAAGGCUGUCGCCAAGGAUCCGACCACAAAACCAUCAAGACCCUCAUCUGAAACCUCCAAUGGUAACGGUGGAGCUCGUGACCGACAGUGGCCCGCAACCAAGCGUUCUGACUUCUGAAGAAGAGGCGAGACAUCGGGACACUCUGGCGUUACCAAACGAUCUCACGACCAUGGACGUAUGAAAGCAGCCGGGAUAUUUAAGAUGGCGAUUGUUGAAAAAAUAAUAAGAUUACGAACCAUUCUACAAUACAAGCAUUAUUAUAUUGUUAUUAUUAUUAGAUGGAAAAUAUAAGUAUUGAAGUGAUCGUAAAGGUGUUUUUGAAGUGUGGUUGCAUGAAGUAUAAAAAUAUGGAUGCUCGCUCUGACUGAAAACCUACAUCAGUUUAAGUCUACGAUAUCUUUAAGAACACGUUCACGUCUUCUUA